CGCGGCUUUGGUCGGCUGGAUCUCUCGCGGCACAGGUUUGUGCACGCGCUGGCGCACCGUCUGCAAUGAUAGAGCGGGCUUGAUUAUCCCCUCUGAAACCCUGAAACCCCAUAAACCCUGCAGAAUGCAUGUGUGUUUGCCGUUGCUGGUGUCUGCCUCUGUGUUUGGAUCCAUAGGUGACCAUGCAGACAGCCAUUGUCGGCCCCAGCCGAAUCCUUUGCCUCUCACGCCUGUACAUCUGUUAUUCUGCAGGUCGCAAGAUGGGUCAGGUGCUUGAGGUGAUGGCCAGGUCCAGGCCGGUCAACUCGUCCAGCAAGAGCCUUCACGAGCUCAGUGCCAAGACACUCGACGGGUGAGUGAGUACAAGAGGGGGCAACUGUUUUACAGCGCCGCUACUACAGCAGGCGAGGAACUGACUGAUUCAUGUCGUGUGUCUGUGUGUCUGUGUGUGGGGAUGUAAUGUCUACGGCACGCAGGGCCACGGUCAACUUCAAGGACUAUGCGGGCAAGGUCCUGCUCGUCACCAACGUGGCAUCCAAAUGAGGCCUCACCAAGGUGAGGUGACAACAACACCAUACACACAAGAGGCGAAAGACCCGGUAUUCUUCACCCACCGCCUGUCUGGCUGCCUGUCUGCCUGUCUGCCUGUGUCUGUUGAUGGCUUCCUUCAGGCCCACUACACCCAAUUCACGGAGAUCUGGCAGCAGUACCAGGACCGCUUCAAGGGAGGGGAGGGGAAGGAGGAGGGCGGCUUCGAGAUAUUCGCUUUUCCGUGCGCUCAGUUUGCCAACCAGGUAGGUACAGACACACACAUGCGACGUCCACUGCCACCAGGCUGCACGUGGUGUGGUGCUGUUCGGCUGGCAUGGCAGGAGUUCCCAGACGCGGCCGACAUCAAGAAAUUCGUCGCGGCUUACAACAUUCCUGAGAAGUACAAUGUCAGAAUGAUGGAGAAAAUCGACGGUGCGUCACUCGUCAGGCCAUUGGUCGAUCUCGCUGCAUGGGUGGGUGGCUGUUGCCUUGUCGGUUUGUGUGGGUGCAGUGAACGGUCCGAAUAUGCAUCCGGUGUUUUCGUUUCUCAAGUACCACUCCAGCCUCUAUGACGACCAGUCCAAGACGGCCAAGGACAUCUCGUGGAACUUCGGUAGUCACACAGAGACGACAGCGGUUGACACACACGAGACAGACAGACGCUGUUGCUUCUGCUGGUCGUCAAUCACUCACCAGGGAAGUUUUUGGUGGACCAGGAGGGCCAUGUCGUCAAGUACUACGGGCCGCAAGUCAUGCCUAAGUAAGUGAAGCGACCACCGUUGAUGUGAUGUCACGAACCUAUCUCUCUUUCACGCUGCCAUUCCCAACUGUCAGGUCGUUCAUUCCGGACAUCGACCAGGUCAUCGCUCGUGCGCUGCGCGGGUUCGUCCGCCCACCCCCACAGUGAGUGAACAAUCGAAAGAGGUAGCCCGGUUGCCCUGACGCCCGCCGUCUCCCUCUCCGCCCUCCUGCCCCCAUCUUCGCUUGCCUUGCCGCGGAUGAUGGCUGCACCGUCAAACCCCCCAUAACGGGGCUCGGUGCGGCCUGAGAGCUUCCCUGGCCUGCCGGUCGGCUGUGUGGCUCCCUAUGGGUGUAGGGGGGGCUGCGCCGCCGGCCGGUGGA